UUUUUUUGGAAAACAUAAACAAUGUCUUCUGGUGCUAGUAAUACCCUAGGUGGAACUACAGGGAGUAGAGGCCCUGCCCCUCCUUUGCCAGAGAAACCGCCUUCAGUGGCCGAAAGGACAAGAUUGUUGAAAUCAAGUUUUCGGAAGGACGAUGUGGAAAAGCCUAAGAUAAUGGAAAAACACAGCAGUCCUGUAGUAGAAAGGGCAGCAACACUGCCCCCGGCCAAUAUGACCAAUGCUAGUACAAAUGGGGAGAAAUCAGAAACCCCUUCCCCAUCGGGCAGUGUGAACUCAAUGUCUAGUAUUGGCAGGUAUAACAAUGAUAAGUUGAUGGACAGCAACAAGGAGGCUUCACUGAAUUACAAUACAGGAGGUUUGAAUGCAGCCAAAAGGGAGGCAUUCUUUAAAGGCAGUGAAAGUGGCGGACCAAAGUUUGAUCCUUCACAACGUUUCGCGGCGGACAGAGAGCGGAUUCCACGGGAACCACACAGUGGCCACACAUUAAAAGAUGCUGAUGAACGAGAGAAAGAUUUACACCACAGGGAAAAGAAAUAUGGAGACAGCACAAAAGAAUUGGAUGGUUAUGUUGGUUUUGCAAACCUUCCCAACCAAGUAUACAGAAAAUCUGUCAAAAGGGGAUUUGAAUUCACAUUAAUGGUUGUUGGUGAAUCGGGGCUUGGUAAGUCCACCCUCAUCAAUUCUCUCUUCCUCGCUGACCUGUACAGUUCAGAGUACCAAGGUCCCUCCCACCGGAUACAGAAAACUGUUAAGGUUGAAACCACACAAUGUCUUCUGAAGGAAAAUGGAGUUCAAUUAAACCUGACCAUUGUAGAUACUCCAGGAUUUGGGGAUGCUGUAGAUAAUAGUAACUGCUGGCAGCCAGUCAUAGAUUUCAUAGACAGUAAAUAUGAUGAAUAUUUAAAUGCGGAGUCACGAGUGGUGCGAUCCCCCACACCUGACACCAGGGUCCACGCCUGUCUGUAUUUUAUUGCUCCCACAGGUCAUGGUCUUAAGCCCUUAGAUGUAGAGUUUAUGAAGAGGCUACAUGACAAAGUGAAUAUAAUUCCACUCAUCUCUAAAGCAGACACUCUCACUCCAGACGAAUGCAGGGAAUUUAAGAAAACUAUUCUCAACGAAAUUGCCCAACACAAAAUUAAAAUUUACGAGUUCCCAGAAUGUGAUGAUGAGGAGGAAACAAGAGUUCAGAAGAAAUUAAGGGAUCGAGUUCCCUUUGCAGUUGUAGGCAGCAAUCGUGUAAUUGAAGCUGGUGGAAAGAAAGUCAGGGGGAGACAAUACCCUUGGGGUAUUGUGGAAGUUGAAAAUUUGGAACACAAUGACUUCAUAGCCUUACGGAACAUGAUCAUUAGGACGCAUAUGCAAGACUUGAAAGAUGUCACCAACAAUGUUCAUUAUGAAAACUUCCGGUAUAAUAAGUUGGCACCUUCUUCAGCCGAUGGCAACAAAAUCAAACCAGGGUCACUAUCAAAGGACCCUCUAUCACAGAUGGCCGAAGAGAAAAAGGAGCAUGACAACAAAAUGAAGAAGAUGGAAGCCGAGAUGGAACAAGUGUUUGAGAUGAAGGUCCAGGAGAAACAAUCAAAGCUCAAGGAGUCAGAAGCAGAUCUUCAAAGGCGAGCAGAGCACAUGAAGAAGAGCUUAGAGCAGCAACAGAAAGAACUAGAUGAGAAAUGGAAAGCAUUUGAGAAGGAAAAAGAGCAGUGGGAAGAUUCUGUGGGGCUCAGCAAAGGGUCACAAGAAAACAUUAAAGAUUCACAUAAAAAGAACAAAAAGCACAUAUUCUAACAUCAGUAACUUAAGAACAUACUUAACCAUUAAUGUAAAGACAGUACCAUGUGGUCUGUGUCAUAAUUCAGGAGGGGGGAAAACUGCUUGCUGAUGGAAGAAUGAGGAAUACAACAUGGUCAUCCUAAUUACAGUGAAGUCAAGGAACAAUCACCCCAAAAGCACUGACCAAAGAACCAAAACUGCACAGGCAAUUUGCCAAAAUAUGUAAACUUUUGUGUUUCAAACUAAUGUCAAUACAUAAAAUUUACCAUUGUCACUUUUGUAAGAAAUACCUUAUGAUAAAAAAAAUUCCAAGUUUGUCCUUAUUUUGCUAAUGAAGUGUUGAGUGUUUACUUUGCUACAGCACAUGUUUGUAUAUGAAAAAUGAAUAAUUAUGAACAUUUCUUAAAAAAAAACAAAACCUUAUGUCAAUGCUUCAUAUGUACAUGUAUUAACCGUGUGUUAUAAUUUUUGCAUGUUGUUUUCGUAGAAAUGCUAAUUAUUGGUGCAAUUCAAGGGCAAAAGAUCUGUACUUUGUUGUAAUUUUGUGCGAGUUUUUUUUACUGUAAAUUGCUGUUGCUUUAUGUUUUUGUUUGAUACGAAUUAAAGCAAUACAGUGUGUAAAAAAAAAAAAUUUGUAAAAUGUCAGAGAGUCUUUUGCCAAUUUUUCUCUGGCAGCUAGUUAAAAUAUCUAAAACAAUGUUAAAGAGUUAAAAAGGUACUACACAUUUUAUAGGUAAGGGGGAGGGACCACAGAUUGAUGGAAUCCAAUGUUUUGUAUGUCUAGUCAUGAAACCCUUCAUUGUUUCCAUUUCUUUGGAUGUUUAUAUUCACACCUUGAUUGCAUAAUUAGAUUAGCUCAUGCAUAAACCCUCCCCUAUGUGUGCAGUGAGGAAACAUUACUGCAUUUCAAUGACAGUCAGAAAUCUAAUUUCACUUUUUUUUUUCAUUUUUCUAGUAUGCAUUGCAAAACAACUCGGAUCUUACACACAUGUACAAUUGAAAGUGUUGAAUUAGCACUGACCAUACCAAAUCUAUGCAUGCAUUGCAACAGUAUGGCGGCCUAAAAUCAGUUUUAUAUCAACUUAUUUUACAUUUAUUUUUUUUUUUUUUGCUCAUUGUAUGAAUGUAUAAUGUACUUGUGUAUGACUUAUACCAUAGUAAUUUAUUAUCGCCAUAUAUAAGUCCAGUUCCCACUUCAUUUAUAUCACUCUUCAACUUAUGAAGUUCACAGAAUUCUUGUAUGCAUUUCACAGAGGAGUUCCUAUUUUAUAACCAUUUCUUAGAAUUUACCUGAAAUUGAAUAUGAAAGAAGUUUAAAAUUGUGUAGAUUUGUGUAAAAGAAGCCUUGCAUAUACAAUCUAUUUCCCAGAUUACUAUUAAAAAGAUUUUUUUUUUUGAAAAUAUUAUGUUUACUGUUAAAUUUGAAUCAAGCAAUCUCAUUUAAUCUUAGAUUUUACUUAUUUCAUACCAGUUAAAGUAUUGUUGUGCAUAUUUAUUGUGUACUUUUUUUACAACUAUUCAUAAAUAAUUAACUUAGAAUUUACAAAAUGGAAACAAUAAAUGUUUUAUACAUGUAA